UAAUCAGCUCUACAAAUAAACGCAGAUCUCACGGACUGUAGAGGCUUCAUAAAGUGCUUCGUAUAUCUUCUAUUGUUUAUGAAAACUACUCUUUCUUUCUUUUUUUCUUUUUUCACACACAUUGUUUAUCUAUUGUACAGGAGCACUGAAAUCCACGAAUUAAACCUGUUUGCAUAAAUAAUGGAACAUAUGACAAGUGAAGCCUGCUCUUCGAACUCUCCAGCAAUGUCGGACAUGCCAGGAUUAUUCCGAAAAGCGCUAGGCAGUCCAGAACCGUCCCGCACUGGCCUCGUGUAUGACGAGCGAAUGGCCCAGCAUCACUGCUUGUGGGAUCCUGAAUAUCCUGAAUGUCCUGAAAGGCUCACGAAGAGUUGGGAGCGAUGCGUCGCUUGCGGUCUUCCCGACAGGUGCUUGCGGAUUCCCGCUCGAAUGGCUGACGAAGAAGAAGUGAGGACAUUACAUGGGCAAACUCACCUAGACGUUUUAAAAAGGACAAAGGGAUCCACAGAUGAAGCGGAACUCGAAAAACUCUGCUCAAAAUUUGAUUCCAUUUACAUAAACACGAAUACUUACGACUUGGCCUUAAUGGCCGUCGGUUCCACAAAAGACAUGGUAGCGGCCGUCGUCAAGGGAAAGGUUCAAAAUGGCAUGGCCCUAGUAAGGCCGCCAGGUCAUCAUGCAAUGGAAAAUGAAUACUGCGGAUACUGCUUCUUCAACAAUGUUGCAAUUGCUGCCAAGUAUGCGGUUUCGGAGCUUCAUUUGAACAGGGUGUUAAUUGUGGACUGGGACGUUCACCAUGGACAGGCGACGCAGUACAUGUUUUAUGACGACCCACGGGUGCUGUACUUUUCGACUCACCGUUACGAGCACGGUGCUUUUUGGCCAGAGCUGAAAGAAUCAAAUUUCAACUACAUUGGCAAGGGCCAAGGAAUGGGAUACAACAUUAAUAUACCUCUCAACAAGGUUGGCAUUAAAAAUGAGGACUUCAUCGCUGUCUUUAACAACAUCCUGAUGCCCGUAGCCUACGAGUAUCAGCCCGAACUGGUGAUUGUGUCUUCGGGCUACGAUGCGGCCAUCGGUUGUCCCGAAGGUUGCAUGGAAAUCACACCUACAUGUUACGCCCAUCUGGUCAAUAUGCUCAUGGGACUUGCUGGAGGAAAAGUCUGUGUUGUGCUAGAGGGGGGCUACUGCAUUUCGUCUUUAGCCGAAGGGGUGGCCCUUACGCUGAGGACUUUACUUGGUGAUCCCUGUCCCAAAAUAACGCCUCUGGGACCACCCUGUGACAGCAUUGUGGAAACGAUACUAAACUCCAUCUCAGUGCUGCGUCCAUUCUGGAAAUCUCUGCAGUUCCAAGGAACCUUCACAGAUGACCUGGACCCUUCAAACUCUGCACGCCUACGGCACAACCCUGAAGUAAAGUAUGUGGGAAAACUGGGCAUUGAACGUCCAGACGAGUUUCCUACGAGGACUUAUUACGCAGUGCACGAUGCGGAAACGAAGGAAGGAUUUGAAAGACGCAUUGAGCAGCUGCGAAACGAAGCCGACCUGAGCGUCCCCGAUAACCGGACAUGCCUCAUCUUUGAUAGGAGGAUGACGAUGCACCGCUGCCUCAAUGAUAGAACUCACCCGGAAAAGCCUGAAAGAAUUUUGGGCAUGUGGAAGUUGCUGCUGAAGAGAGGAUUGGCCAAGAAGUGCCUUCUACUUGAACCCAGAUCUGCCACCAUAGAAGACCUUCUGCUCGUUCAUUCGAAAUCGUACGUAGAGAAAAUGCGCAACUCUCAAGAUCUCAAGAGGCCGGAGCUCAUAAAGCUGCAGUACACUUUCAAUUCAGUGUAUCUUUCUUCCGACACAUUCCGCAGUGCCCUCCUUGCUGCGGGUUGUUUGCUGCAGGUCGUUGACUCCGUCUGCAGUGGCAAGAGCCUGAAUGGAGCUGCCAUAAUCCGUCCACCGGGACACCAUGCUGAACGUGAUGAAGCCAGCGGUUUCUGCAUCUUUAAUAAUGUCGCCAUAGCAGCACGAUAUGCAAUAGAUCGCUAUGGCCUAAAGAGGGUGCUUAUCUUGGACUGGGACGUUCACCAUGGCAACGGCACUCAACACGCCUUCUACGACGAUGCACGCGUUCUCUACAUCUCAGUUCAUCGACAUGACUACGGCGCUUUCUUUCCCUGUACCUCCGACGCGGACUAUACUGCUAUUGGGGAAGGGAAUGGCAAAGGGUACAACAUUAACGUAGCGUGGAAUGAGGACAGCAUGACUGAUGGUGAUUACAUGGCUGCAUUCUUUCAUGUGAUACUUCCAGUGGCAUACUCAUAUGAUCCAGAACUCAUCCUCGUCUCCAGUGGCUUUGACAGUUGCGUAGGUGACUACCUGGGCAAUUGUUACGUCACACCUCAGGCCUAUGGUCACUUCACUCACCUCCUAACAUCGCUCGCCAAGGGAAGAGUUAUUGUAGCGCUCGAGGGCGGCUACAACCUCAACAAAAUUCCGGAUGCCAUGGCAAACUGUGUGGGCGCACUCUUGGGCGAGAAGCUGCCAACCCUCGUUGAGUGCUUGAGCCCAUCUACAGGGGCUGUGGAGUCCAUUCGGCAAACCGUCCAGGUUCACAAGGAGUUUUGGAACUGCUUAUGUUUUGAUGUGGAUUUGCCCUCGCAGCAGCUGCUCAGUGAAAAGGGCAUCAUCCAGAGAGCUGAAUCCAAGCUAGCAACCAAUGAGGCAACAUCAGCGGAUACGUCCCUGCCCGACGGUUCGGCGAUAAAAGCGGAUGCGGCAGUCACAAAAGUGGACACCAAUGCCAAUACGAGCUUUGAGAUCCCGGAAGAGCUCAUUGGUGCUAUGGGAGGACUAGAAAUCAGCGUGGAUGAAGGCGGAUUUGUGUCACCGGAGCCAUGGUGUCCCCACCUAGACAGCAUUUCGCAGCUCCCAUCGUCCGGCCUUGGGGAUCCCCAUGCGCCCUGCAUCGACUGUGGGUUGACAAGAGAGGUUUGGGCCUGCCUUCACUGCUUCCAGCCCCACUGCGGUCGAUAUGUCAACGGUCACAUGGUCUCCCAUCACGACGAAACGGGACACAAUAUGGUGUUGAGUUUCACGGAUAUCUCGGUGUGGUGCUACGCCUGCAAUGUCUACGUCUCUAAUUCACUUUUGGAUCCUGCAAAAGAAGAUGCAUACACUAGGAAAUUUGGAAAAUUGGGCUGCACUUAAGAACUGCGAUCAUUUUAGAAAUCAAUUUAACUAAAUUAAUGGCCAUGUGUCAGAACGUGGUAGCUUGGCAUGUUUUAGAUAAUAUAUUUUUUAUAUUUUACAGUGAUCAUGCGAACUGUAUUUCAUAAGUCUAUAAAAUUGUAUGUAUUUUUAUAGUAAGUAAAGUUUUCUGACCAUAUU